AUGGAGUAUAGAAUCAUUCAGAAGACAGUGGUGAUGUUGUAUGAAUUAGCUCUAAUAUUUACAACUCAAACAACGGAAGAAAUCUUACUCAGCAGAGAAUCGAAAUUCGUGAGAGCCUACAGUUUCAUAUCUACCGGCAACCAGACUACCUUCGUUUGCUAUGAGGAUGGUGCACCGUACACUCUUCAAGUUGAAGCUUCCUCGCGUAUAAACUGCAUUCUGAAGUGCCAAAAAGCCACGAACAACAACUUGAGAGGCAUCAACUACAUAGCAUCGGAGGCAUCUUGCUCCUGUGUUCCGAAGCUAACUGACGUCUGGUACAAUGUCACCAGCAAUUGUCCAAAACCAUUCGAGUACGUUAUAGAAGUGCACAGAUGUUACCUGCUGGUCAAGCGAUUACUCAGUUGGAACGCUUCAAUGACCACCUGCAAUAACUUAUCCUCCCAUUCCAUGGUCAUCAACAAUCGACAUGAAAUGCUGGCCGCCAAACUCUAUGCGCUCACCAUUGAUCACACAUCUUGUAUGUUAGCCAAUGCCCUCGAAGUUUGGACAUCUGGCAUACAACAGAACAAGCAAUCUUCUACUUCGCCAUUCUUCUGGAACACCUUUCCUGGGAUAUUUUUGCCGUUGAAAUAUUUUGUCUGGAAUGCUGGAGAACCAAAUGGUCUGACUGGUUCCAGCUACUGUUUGCUCUAUAUAAUGCAGCCCAAUUUUGCCUGUGAUGAUUUACUAUGCAACCAACAGAAAUGCGUCCUUUGUGAGGUAGAUUUGAUUCUCUGA